UCUCGAUCAGCUGUUUUGAUUACAUUUGGAAAGACACAGUUGCAAAGACCAGACAGGGAAUCAAGAACAGAUGCAAAUCUUUGGAAAAAUUGUGCAGAGUUGCAGUUAUAAACCGAUGCCUCAUCAAAGGAAAACGCAUUAAUUAAGGAAUCGGUUACAAAACCUCUUCAAAUACACUUUUGGGGUUAACAGAAUGUCCUACUCAAACUGGGAUAUAUUCUACGAAUAUAGGUACGUUUUAUUUGCCUCUAGGCCAGCUCUAACAUGAAUGCAAGAGGGGCGUCUUUCCAAAAAGGAGAUAGACAUAUUUAAUGAUGUUCUAUUAUUAUCCAGUCUUUCGAUGCUGAACUACCGCUGGCUGUCAUUGCAACUGCCCCAAUUUCAGACCAGACUUUGGUGUUAUGUCACUUGCACCAAAGGAGUAGGCUAUAGCCUAGCUUUCAUAUCCAGUUAUUAAUUUCAGUUCUUUCUCUGUUGAUAUAAGGCUAACGUUCAGGUUUUCUUUGUCAUCGUGAAAUGGUUUAUUUAGUCUUUCAGUGGUAUCCCAGCCUCGUCCCUCGUCCACUCUGCUCAAGCUGUUGUUUAGGUUUUGAAUAAUGAUGUCAGUUGCAUACACAUCUGACGCAUUCAGGGACGAUGUUUUGUUUUUGUCAAGCCACUGCCAUAGGCCGCAUAUUUGCUCAGCUGUGUAGCUGCCAAUGAUAUAUAUAUAUACACUAGAUGACUAACGGGGCGCUGUUUUGGAGCCACCACGCCUCCAUCUUGGUACUCCCCCUUCGUCGUAAAAAAUAGUUUGAAAGCUAUAAAAAUGAAUUUAUUAGUGUCUACAUUUGUUUUUGCCACGUUUAUUCUAUUACAGACACCUUAAUGCAUAAUUUUAAAUGAUAUUAUGUGAAUUAAACAUACAAAUAAAGGAAAAUGUUUUUGAAUAUUUAUUAUUAAGUAUAAUUUUCGAAAAUAUACUGACCAAAAAUAUGAAUGCAACAAUUUCAAAGAUUUUACUGAGUUACAGUUCAUAUAAGGAAAUCAGUCAAUUGAAAUGAAUUCAUUAGGCCCUAAUGUAUGGAUUUCACAUGACUGGUGCAGCCAUGGGUGGGCCUGGGAGGGCACCCACUGGGGAGCCAGGCCCAGCCAAUCAGAAUGAUUUUUUUCCCCACAAAAGGGCUUGAUUACAGACAGAAAUACUCCUCUAUCCUCUCCCACUACCCGCGACUGGACUUCCUCAUUACCAUAUUUUGUAGUGAGAAAACGCUUUAAACAGAUGCUUCAGCUUUAUAGCCCCUGUGGCGUGUCUGGGUUUCCCAUUCUGUCUGUGACUGCUUCUUCUGAGGAGUGCCAAUAUGGCCGACCGGUAGCUUUAAAGCCUCUCAUUGGCCAAUACAUAGCAUCAGCAAUCCAGGGUUUAUAUACAUCAUUGGUAGCUGCCAGCAUCAAGUCCAUAGGACACUGAUCUGUGGUAGAAUGCCUGAAUAUCAACUGUCCUCAUCACCCCAUUUCUCCUCAGUCUUGCAGAUUAGAUUUCCAAGUCCAUACAGUUCAUAAGGACUUUGAUUAUGCGUGUGUCACUAGGUACUUUGAAUGUAGAAUGGAAUGGUGCUACAGUGAGGGAAAAAAGUAUUUGAUCCCCUGCUGAUUUUGUACGUUUGCCCACUGACAAAGAAAUGAUCAGUCUAUAAUUUUAAUGGUAGGUUUAUUUGAAUAGUGAGAGACAGAAUAACAACAGCAAAAUCCAGAAAAACGCAUAUAAAAAAUGUUAUAAAUUGCUUUGAUUUUAAUGAGGGAAAUAGGUAUUUGACCCCUCUCAAUCAGAAAGCUUUCUGGCUCCCAGGUGUCUUUUAUACAGGUAUCGAGCUGAGAUUAGGAGCACACGCUUAAAGGGAGUGCUCCUAAUCUCAUCUUGUUACCUGUAUAAAAUACACCUGUCCACAGAAGCAAUCAAUCAAUCAGAUUCCAAACUCUCCACCAUGGCCAAGACCAAAGAGCUCUCCAAGGAUGUCAGGGACAAGAUUGUAGACCUACACAAAGCUGGAAUGGGCUACAAGAACAUCGCCAAGCAGCUUGGUGAGAAGGUGACAACAGUUGGUGCGAUUAUUCGCAUAUGGAAGAAAAAAAAUAACUGUCAAUCUCCCUCGGCCUGGGGCUCCAUGCAAGAUCUCACCUCGUGGAGUUGCAAUGAUCAUGAGAAUGGUGAGGAAUCAGCACAGAACUACACGGGAGGAUCUUGUCAAUGAUCUCAAGGCAGCUGGGACCAUAGUCACCAAGAAAACAAUUGGUAACACACUAUGCCGUGAAGGACUGAAAUCCUGCAGCGCCCGCAAGGUCCCCCUGCUCAAGAAAGAACAUAUACAUGCCCGUCUGAAGUUUGCCAAUGAACAUCUGAAUGAUUCAGAGGAGAACUGGGUGAAAGUGUUGUGGUCAGAUGAGACCAAAAUGGAGCUCUUUGGCAUCAACUCAACUCGCCGUGUUUGGAUGAGGAGGAAUGCUGCCUAUGACCCCAAGAACACCAUCCCCACCGUCAAACAUGGAGGUGGAAACAUUAUGCUUUGGGGGUGUUUUUCUGCUAAGGGGACAGGACAACUUCACCGCAUCAACGGGACGAUGGACGGGGCCAUGUACCGUCAAAUCUUGGGUGAGAACCUCCUUCCCUCGGCCAGGGCAUUGAAAAUGGGUCGUGGAUGGGUAUUCCAGCGUGACAAUGACCCAAAACACACGGCCAAGGCAACAAAGGAGUGGCUCAAGAAGAAGCACAUUAAGGUCCUGGAGUGGCCUAGCCAGUCUCCAGACCUUAAUCCCAUAGAAAAUCUGUGGAGGGAGUUGCCAAACGUCAGCCUCGAAACCUUAAUGACUUGGAGAAGAUCUGCAAAGAGGAGUGGGACAAAAUCCCUCCUGAGAUGUGUGCAAAUCUGGUGGCCAACUACAAGAAACAUCUGACCUCUGUGAUUGCCAACAAGGGUUUUGCCACCAAGUACUAAGUCAUGUUUUGCAGAGGGGUCAAAUACUUAUUUCCCUCAUUAAAAAGCAAAUCAAUUUAUAACAUUUUUGACAUGCGUUUUUCUGGAUUUUUUGUUGUUGUUAUUCUGUCUCUCACUGUUCAAAUAAACCUACCAUUAAAAUUAUAGACUGAUCAUUUCUUUGUCAGUGGGCAAACGUACAAAAUCAGCAGGGGAUCAAAUACUUGUGUCACUUACUGUAUCUAAAAGGAUCCUGCCGUUUGUUAGGAUUCUAGGUCAGUGGUUAUGAAGAGAAUACAAGGUGAGCACAUAAUACCACAGUGAACUCUGCAGCCAUGGGCCUCAUGCCCCUAGAUCUGCAAAUCUGCUCGCUUAUCUAUCCCAAAACAGUUCUCAUAAGCUGAAUGUGGUUUAUCAUAAGCAACCAUGCUUUCUCUGCUUGGGGUGGAGGGAUUCCCUGUGUGCAUGACAAAAGCAAAUUCAGAGACCGGCAAAUAUAGCCGUUUGCCAACAAACAGCUGUAUCAGAAAAAUAACAUUAAAAAAUGUGUCCUAUGCUGAGAGCCAUUGCAUUGAGAGGAUGCUAUGAGGUUGAAACUAUAUGCUGCAGAGUAUAGCGUAGCCCCUCCCCUGUAGGUUUAAUAGCAGAUGGGAUCUGACAAUGGAGCGCUGCAGGGGAUACUGGUUAUUCAGGCCCUUAUAUUCAUAAAGGCCUCAUUGGCCAAUCAAUGACCACCAUGGUCAGCUGACCUUGGGUUGCAUUAAUCAACAUGGGCCAGUAUGGAUGUGUGGGGUCCAGAAAUCACUCCUAAUUCAUCACUGGGGGAUUGAUUAAUAAUUACCAUUAUUUUCAAAAAGGUCCAAGGAUGCAAAAUGACAAGAAUAAGACAAUGUUGUUACAGCAGGUUUGAGUUAUGGGACCCAGACUUUAUGACAAUGUUUUUCUCACCUCCAGAUCAACCAGGUCUUUGUGAGAAGUAUUUAGACACCCAAAGCCUCUGCUGCUAAGUCUGAAUUUCCUGCCAAAGAAAGGAGAGGAAAGGACAAGAAAGAGAACACAGGCAACGACCUCAUAACACCAAAUCACAACCAAGUCUGUGACCCAGAGUCCGAGGCAACACUUCCUUAGCAACCGCCACACAGAACAGAACCCAGUCAUGUUCCGAAGGCUCACUAGUCUGUUUUUUGGAAGAGAUGAGGACAUCCCUACAGACCAGAGGACAUCCAACCCUGCAGAAAUGCUUGAGGAAGGGUGGCUUCUGAUCAACCAUCAAGGUCAGUAUCUCACAGGAAGUAGUGGUUGAACUGUAGCUACAUACUGUGGAUCGGUGUGCUCUGCUGGACGAAAUAUGGAUAACGCUGGCUCUCUUGUUGCUCUACAGAAGCUGUCAAUGAAGUGAACCCAUUGGAGGAGCAGGUAGUGGAGUGUGCCAACACGUCUAUCUACAGAUGUCCCUCCAACCCACCUGUCACUGAGGAGACUGAACCCAUCUCAGAAACUGGCGUCAGGUGAGAGAAAUACUUUUGUGCGUUUGACACAGGAAGUUGUCAAAGCAUUUGACAAUAUCCGUGUUCUGCCACUGAUUCCAAAUGUUUCAGUGUCUGCGUGUAUAUGUGAACAGUUGUGGGUGUGCAUUUGUGGGCUUACAAGCAUGUGUUUCUCUGCAGGAUGUCAGAACCAGAGGUCCCAGUCCAAAGAGGCGCCACCAGCCCCAGCCGGAUCAUUCGUGGAUCAGUGUCCAUGGCUGGACAGCUGGCUAAGGUCACACAGGUUGCCCGUGUCCAGAGGGCUCAGACCCUGGUGGACCGCCGCCACCUCACACGGAGCUGCAUCCAGCGGCAGAACUGUGUCCGCCAGCGAGCUCAACGCCACUCCUCACGCACGCGCACCACCUACCUCCAACAGCCAGGCCACCGCAACUUCAGCCACUGAACACCCAGCACCAGGGAGCACUUUUAACACAAGAGCAACAGGAACCUUUAAUCUGCUCACACCAUACACACACACACACACACACACAC